AGUAACUCCGUUAGGAUGGACCCCACCUUUCGGAAACACUUAAUUGGUAGAUACAGAAGCGAAUCAGGGGCAAAUCCGUAAAUAAGCAAAAAUUUCAAAAUGAGAAGCAAAAGCUCUCUCAUCAACGCCACGCCAGAGGAGAAGAGAGAGAGAGAGAGAGAGAGAGAGAGUGAGAGAGAAUAAGAAGUUACAGAGAAGUUUUAAAUUCGCAGUGCCAUUGUCUUUGCAUAUUCCUUUUAUUAUUUUAUUUGUCUAUUUUCCUGUUUUUUUCUUUUCUCACUUUAUAUCUCUACUUUACUCUCUUUUUUUUCCUGGGUUCUUCUUCUUCCUCUGGCUGCUUCAUCGAAAAAGAAGGUUUUUUGUUUUAUUUUUGUGGCGGCUUCAUCGUAAAAAUAAGGUUUUUCGUUCUAUUUUUGUGGCGGCUUAAGCCAUGGCGGAGAUAAGCCAUCCUCCAAUGGAACAGCUUCAAGACCUUGAGUAUUGCAUCGACUCUAAUCCUCCUUGGCCUGAAACGGUGUUACUAGCAUUUCAAAACUACAUUCUAAUGCUUGGAUCAAGCGCUUUUAUACCAGCACUGCUCGUACCAGCAAUGGGUGGGAGUGAUGGGGACAAAGCGAGGGUUAUGCAGACGCUUCUCUUUGUAGCUGGAAUCAAGACACUUCUUCAAGCUCUUUUUGGUACGAGGCUGCCUGCUGUUGUUGGAGGCUCUUUUGCUUAUGUUGUCCCCAUUGCUUACAUCAUUAAUGACUCUUCUUUACAGAGAAUCUCCAAUGAUCAUGAGAGAUUUGUUCACACGAUGCGAGCUAUACAAGGAGCGUUGAUUGUAGCAUCAACCAUACAGAUCAUUCUUGGCUAUAGCCAAGUUUGGGGUGUUUUCUCUCGGUUCUUCAGUCCUCUUGGAAUGGCACCAGUUGUUGGAUUGGUUGGUCUUGGAAUGUUCCAACGAGGGUUUCCUCAGCUAGGGAACUGCAUUGAGAUUGGUUUACCAAUGCUACUGCUUGUCAUCGGACUAACUCAAUAUCUAAAGCAUGUGAGACCUUUCAAAGAUGUACCAAUCUUUGAAAGAUUCCCAAUCUUGAUCUGUGUAACAUUUGUUUGGAUCUACGCCAUUAUCCUCACUGCGAGUGGAGCUUACGGAGGCAAACCAUCGCUUACACAGCAUAGUUGUCGCACAGACAAAGCAAAUCUUAUAUCAACAGCUCCAUGGUUCAAGUUUCCUUACCCUCUCCAAUGGGGUGCUCCAACAUUUUCAGCAGGCCAUUCGUUUGCUAUGAUGUCUGCGGUUCUUGUAUCAAUGAUCGAGUCUACUGGAGCUUACAUGGCGGCUUCAAGAUUAGCCAUAGCCACGCCUCCUCCUGCUUAUGUAUUGAGUAGAGGCAUUGGAUGGCAGGGGAUAGGUGUGUUGCUUGAUGGUUUGUUCGGAACAGGCACAGGUUCUACUGUUUUAGUAGUAGGAAGCCGUCGUGUAGUUCAAGUAUCAGCAGGCUUCAUGAUCUUCUUCUCUACAUUAGGCAAAUUCGGGGCGGUUUUCGCGUCUAUACCAGUCCCGAUAUACGCAGCAUUGCAUUGUGUCCUCUUCGGUCUCGUAGCUGCGGUUGGUCUAUCGUUUCUUCAGUUCACAAACAUGAACUCGAUGAGAAACUUGAUGAUCACUGGUUUUUCGCUCUUUCUUGGCAUCUCCAUACCUCAGUUCUUUGUUCAGUACUGGGAUGCUAAACAUUAUGGGCUAGUUCACACAAAUGCAGGAUGGUUCAAUGCUUUCUUGAACACGCUGUUUAUGUCUCCGGCUACUGUUGGUCUGAUCAUUGCGGUUUUUAUGGAUAAUACAGUUGAAGUCGAGAGAUCAAAGAAAGACAGAGGCAUGCCAUGGUGGGUGAAGUUUAGAAAUUUUCGAGGAGAUAAUCGUAAUGAAGAGUUCUACACUUUGCCCUUUAACCUUAACAGAUUCUUUCCUCCUACCUAGUAAAUUGUUUAUUUUAACGUGAUUUCAAAGUAAACGGAGACGCUGCUCAAAAAGGUUUUAGAUUAUUGACAUUCUUUUCUUUUGGUGGUGGUUUUAAUUGGACAAUUCCAUUGUUGAAGUAGGUUCUUCAAGAAGAUUCAAUAAGUUCUAAAUCAGAACAUAUUCUCGCUCAUUUAUUCUCAUGAAAUUGAGUUAAUUGUAAGAACUUUCAAUACUUCAGUCUAAAUAUGUAAUACAAAUUGCAAUGGGAUUCUUGCGGUCAUGCUUCAUAUUUCCAAUAAUAUUUCUUAUUAUCAAACCGGGAUAUUUUCGGAAAAAGAUUAAUCUAACCGUCUUACUGUAUCUGUCUAGUAAUUUCUUCAACAAUGACACGUAAUAUUCAUAGAAAUUUCCGAGGAUUGCAAAUUGAUUACCAUAGUAAUAUUUAAUAAACAAUGCCUCAAAUUAAGUUUCACAAUUUAUUAGUGUCUAUGAAAUAGAAAAAAAUUAAAAUCAUAUGAAAGUUAAAAAUCAUCUUUUUAAUCGGGGAAGCCUCAGUUUAGCCAGCGUUUUUUUCAUCAGAGUUUUAAAUCAGACGGUAAUUCCAUAUUUUAGCAAUAAUCAUCAUUGGUUUCUUCCCAUUAGAAAGACUAACUAGAUAUAACAAAAUCUAUAGAGGUAAAAAUAAUGUAAUCGCCGAAAUGGCUCCAUAGAUCGUAGAAAAUCAAGAUCCACAGGUUCCUAUCAGGAAGCGAAACACAAACAUUUGUUUCUGUCCAAUGUAGCAUCAAAGAUCAAUGCCAGAAGCUAUCAUCGACGUGGCAUCGGACAGUUUCAUCAAAUUAAAAAAAACAAAAUAAAUUAGAAACCCUCAGGAACCCUUUUCAAAUCACCCACACAGCGGACACAGACCGGUGGGAAGUACGGUUUAGUUUACCCGACCGGGCAGCCCGAACACAAUCCGUAGACAGAAACGGGUUAGGAUUCGAAUACGGUUGUGAACAAUGACCGGUGGAUUGGGAAAACUUAACCGGAUGCAAUCCUCGUUUCAGUCCACUGUUGUGUAAAGUGUCAUACGGCACUUCCUAUCUAUGGGAAUUCUUCUUCAUCGGGAUAAUCAAAAUUUACAAAAUCAAAAUUUUGAAAUCCAAAACCAAAACCAACGAUCAAAGGGUAUCGGAAAUCGAAAACUAAAUAUUUGACGAAUACUAAGGCUAAAGAACAAAAACAAUGAUCAACAAGAAUCGAGAGUCAAAAACUAAAGAAAUGGCGAAAAUUGAGGCUAUAAAACUG